AUGCUGCCGCCAGACGACAGCAAGAGCAAUCAUGCCUCCCUGCGGCAAUCAGCGCAGCGGGCUCCCCCUGACUUCUCAGAUCUUGCCAGCCCCCCCAUAGACUGGAGCCUGAAAUCGCGAGCCCUGUUUCUGUCAGUCCAGCCCUUCUCAAUCUGCCAAGAAGCCCUCAUGGCUCCUUCCUCAGUAGCAUUCGACACGCUGUCAUCCUUUGCGCGAGGAUCCCAGCCGGGGCCCAGCUGUCAGGAGCAAUUCCAGCACGCUCUGAUGACGUGGCAGCAUCCGGAGAGCUCCCUGCCGGGGGCGGCGGUGUCAGCGCUGGCCGGCUCCAAGGCCGGUCAGGCCAUGCUGGACGCGCGAAAGGCUGCGUGGCAGGAGGCCUUCCGGAGCCUCUUCAUGGCCCUGCGCUCCGGCGCAUGCAGCGCCUUCUACUUGGUCACAGCACAGGGCACGAAGCGGCCGUUCGUGGCGUUUUUCGGUGGAGCGGGGACGGGUGGCCGGCCGCACAUGCAUGCGUGGCUGAGCCGCUCGACGCACGGAGCGCGCGAGCGCAUGCGGGCGGCCCCCUGCGGCCUCGACUUCUCCACCCCGCUCGCACCCCGCGCGCAGGCGGAGGCGGCUGCAGCCAAAGACGAGCGCAUCCAGGCAGAGCUGCUGGAGAUCGGGCAGAAAAAGGCGCCGCAGUCGGCAGCGGGCGUUGAUGGGAAGCCGGCCUCGCUGGUGUUCUUUGAGGGCGCUAGCCGCGUGCACGGCCUCUUUGAGCACCUGCUGUCGGAGGCCGCCACCUCAGCGGAGCAUGCAGACGUUCCCCUGCUGAUUUCACCCGUCCCCUUCCUGGGCGCCUCCAUCCAGCAGCUGCAGCCGCAGCUGCUGCCGUCAGUGGACACCCAGACAGCAGCAGGUGCAGCAUGUCAGGGCGGCCACAGGAUGGAGGUGCGGGGGCUGAUGCCUCCCUGGGUGCUUGACCGCCUCUACGCUGUCCUCUGCGACUCACAAGACGGCCAAUACAGGGCGCUCCUUGACACAGACCCGCAAACCACGGCCUUCAACCUUGGUUUUGCAGCAGAUGCAGCUUAUGCAGACCAGCAGGGCUGCAAAGCAGAUGGGUAUGUCUCGCCGCUGUAG